AAUAUGGCGCUGUCCAUAAGACCGGCAAUGGCGCCAAUGGCAUUUGUGUAUUUAUUGUUUUGUCUGAAUAUUAUUGUCAUCAGUGGUGCCAAAUUAAAUGCUCCUAAAGUUUUAUUGCCGUAUUAUAGCUCAGUCAUAACUAACUUUACUUUGCAAGUUGAAGACUCUCCCGAGGAAGCCCAGACAGCUAACUGCUAUCGAUGGCGUUCCACUCGUCCUGAAAUAGCCCAAGUACAGCUUGUAAAUUCAACUGAUGGAUCUUGUGCUCAAACUGCGAUUGUCUCUGCCAUUUCUAAGACUCCACAUCAAAUGGCUACUGUUAUCUUAGCUGAGAAUAAAGUAACUGGAGAGAUUUUAAGAACAAAUGUCAUUGUUGGUGAAAUUGUUCGACUUGAAAUCGAGACCACUACCCGAUUGUUAUACUUGGAAGAUUCACCAGAAGAGCUUAUUGCUAGGGGUUAUGACAGUGAAGGUAACAUUUUUUCAAACUUGGAGGGAAUGUCAUUUGAGUGGAACUUAAUUUCUGACAAUGAAACUGGACACGAUGCAGUUGAUGCACAUAAUAUUUUGAGGAUUAAACGUUUUUCCGAGUCCCAUUACACCACUCCACGACACAUUGUACCACUUGAAGAACAAGGUCAGCAGGGUGAUAUGAUUCUUGUUGAAGGUAUACGCACAGGGAGUGCAAAGGUUUCUGCCAAACUGAAAGAUCCUGCCUACAAGAAUGUUAAACCACAUGAUGUGCGGAUCAUGGUUAUUGCAAAUAUAAUGUUGUCACCUCCUGAAGCAUAUGUAUUGACACAUGGAUAUGUUAAAUAUAAAGUUGAAAUUCUGAGACAUAAUUCAUUGAAAGAAAUAAAAAUGCCGUCAAAGCAGUACUAUUUGGAGAUCAAAGAUCAAGAUAUCUGUAAACUAGAUGCACAAAACUCAAUGGCUACAGGACUUGUUAUGGGAUCAACAGAAGUUGUGUUAAAAGACCGUAACAUUGUUUUAACAGAGUUUUUCAGACAACCUUCUGCUAUGAUACAUGUUGUUGCUCCAGGAUUUUUGGCUUUUGUUGUCCUGCCUCACAGAAAGUGGAGUUUAGAAACAGGAAGAGAGUAUGAAAUCUAUGUUGAAAUCUAUGACACUGACAGUCACAAGAUUCAACCAUCUGAUAAUGUUCGUGUGCUGACAGAAUUUCAGAGCAAAUACUUUCAAGUGCUGUUUUCCAGCACUAAUGGGACAUACCACAUAGUCAAAGCACUUCUGAAAGGAGAAACAUUAAUUGAGGGUACUCUUGUCGGGAUUCUGGAUUCUAAUGGUAAAGAGCAAGCUGUGCGACCAGAGGUAAAGAGAAGUCAAGAUGUUGAGAUUCAUGAUCCUAUCACUGUAACACCACAGUUAGUCCUCUUCCCUUGGGAUCCUGUAUCUAGGUGUGUGCAUAGGUUCUCAGCAAAAGCUCAAGGAGGUAGUGGAGAAUAUGUCUGGAGCACAUCAGAUGUUAGUGUAACAUCUGUCAAUAUAAAAGGACAAAUCUCAACAGUUGGUCCUGGAAAAUGCAAUGUCACUGCUGCAGAUGCUAGAAAUUCUGCCUAUUAUGGAUCAUCCACUGUACAUGUGCUCCCUCCAGCUGAAAUUAACUUCCCUCUUUCUCGUGUUGAAGCAGCUGUUGGCACCACUCUGAUACUACCUAUAAAUGUAUUUGCCCUAAUUGACAAAAACCUGCAUUCAUUCACUGAUUGUCACCAGCUUCCUCUUACCAUCAGCUAUAGUGAUAGCUCUAUAUUUGAACAUGUUGCUCGUGAUGAAAAGUUACCCUUUGAACUGCCUGAAGAUGGAUGUACAUCACUAACAUUUCUUGCUAAGAAGCAAGGCUACACUGAGGUCACAGUAACUUACCAAAUAAAGUCUUUAAUUCUCCAAGCCUCUGUUACCAUUGCUGCUUACCAUCCUUUAAAGGCCAUUGAUCCAGAGAUUGAAACAAUUGUGGCACUUGGUUCCUCUAAAGAAGUUCUGUUCACUGGUGGACCACAGCCAUGGGUCUUGGACUCAUCAAAGUUUUUUCAGAAUUUGAAAGCAGAAAAGGAUGACUUAGUAAAAACAGAGAAACUUUCCCCAGGAUCAAUCAUCCGAGGAGUUCAUGCUUUUGUGAUCCUCUGCAGAGAUAUUAGUGAACAGGAAAUUCAAUUGUCUGUUGGUAAUGAAAAAACUGCCAAAAAUCCUUACCCUGUAACUGAGACAACAGCAAUCAGGUUUGUUUGUGCUAAACCUGUGGAGCUACAUCUUCAACCCAUCCUCAAGAUAAAUCCUCGUCUUCCACCAUGUCCAGUACAGCAUGAAAAUCAUUUACCUAUGCCUGUGCACUGCGGCAAAGACCUGGACAUUCUGGUAUCUGUGACAGAUUCCAUUGGACGUAGAUUUGACAACAUUUCAUCCCUGGCCAUAGAGUGGACCGUAUUGCCAACCAGUCUGGCAGAACUGUUGUACACUAAGGAGUUGAAGACCCAUGUAGAUUCUCAGCCUGAUGGCAAGAAAAGUUUGUUGAGUUAUCAAACCAUAAGGCCAUUAAAAAAAUCAGGCAGCAUUUUUAUCACAGCUUCAAUAGAGCGCUAUAAAAUUUCUACUGCAAAGGCUGUUGGCAAAACCCCUGAAAAACUCAAUCCAGUCAUCUCAAAAUCUCUAGAACUACUUUUAGUGGAUGAGGCAGUUUUGUCCCCUUCUUCUGUUUCUGUGUUCAAUCAUCCAUCAAACAAAGUAAAUAUAGACAUCCACCAUGGCUCUGGUUUUUUCCAUCUAGAGAGUCUUCAUUCCCCUGUUUUAGCUGCCAAGUAUGAUUCUAAAGGAAAAGCAAUCCAGGUUAACCCUUUGAAAGAUGGAUCCCAAUCGCUUACUGUAUAUGAUCUUUGCCUUGAUGUGGCCACCCAUCCUUCAGUCACAGUUUCUGUAUCAGGUGUUGGUAGUGUCCACAUUAUGGUCAUUGAAAAAGUGGAAGUGUUAAAAGAAGUUCUAGCCAAAGUUCAAGUACUGGAUCUGAAAGGGAGGCCACUACUUUCCAGUUUUUUCCCUCUCAUGGGGUUAAAACUAGAGGCAGCAUCCAAUAUCGUUACACUCAGACCUCUUCAUAUGGAUGUGGGAGAUGGUGUAACUGGUGUUUACACUGUGUAUGGGGCAUCUGUUGGACAUACAACUUUGACUGCCAAUGUUAAAUUACCUACUGGUCAAGUUAUUCAUAGCACACCCAAGCCCUUAGAGGUUUUUCCUCCUUUGCGAUUGGAACCAAAAAAUAUAACACUAAUCAUUGGUGCUGUAUUACAGGUCCUAGCCUACGGUGGCCCUCAGCCACAAAGCAAUGUUGAAUUCUCUAUACUGGACAGUAAGAUUUCCACAGUAACAAGUGGUGGAAUUUUGGAUGCCCAAGACAUUGGCACUACAAGAGUUAUAGGGAAGGCUGUAGGAACAGAUUCUGUGACUGGUGAAAAAGUGGUCUAUUCACAGGAUGAUGCCAUCGUGAAUGUAAUAAUCUUAAAGGGCAUAAGAAUUCAUGCCCCACUUACCAGACUUCAGACCGGCACACAGAUGCCUGUCUAUGCAAUGGGUGUGACGGAGAAUGAAACACCAUUUUCAUUUGGCAACUCUGUUCCACCACUAAUCUUUAUCUGGACAGCAAGUAGUCGUGAUGUCAUUCAGCUACAGUCCAUUUAUCACAAGAAUGGAAUCUACCCUGUUGCUGAAAAUAAUUUUGCCCAGCAUGCUCUGGCUAGAGAAACAGGCCAUUCCAGCAUUAAAUUGAGGGUGGAGACUUCACGUGAAAGUAGGUUGCAGCUCUAUGAUGAUGGACCUCUGUUUGAUGAAGUCCAAGUUCAGGUGUUUGAAAAAUUAACAUUGCUCAACCCAUCUGUCUGUCAUGGUAUUAUAAGAAUUACCCCCAACACUGACACUUUUCUAAAGACUAACAGGGACGUAGCAGCUAGAGUUCAAUACUACAUCACACAAGAUAACAAUUCUCCGGUUGUGAGGAUAAUGGACAAUGGUCAACUUAGAUCUGGUCCCUUACCUGGCAGUGUUGUGCUGCAUGUAGUCGCUGAGGAAGAGUUUGGGAUAAACCAGACACUUGUUAUUCUAAUUAAGGUGAAACCUGUAUCCUACUUGAUGAUCAACCUAGACAGCAACAUAGUUACAGCCUUACCCAAUCAACUGACCGCUGUGCCUUUGGGGUCAACUCUACAGUUCUCUGUCAGCUAUCAUGACGAUGUAGGGGAUGAGUUUUAUGCCACAAAUGUACAAUUGGGUAUUCGAUGCAACAGAUAUGAUCUACUGCAAGUAUCAAAUGGUGUUGAUAACAAUACCCUAAUUGUCAGGGCUAGUGAGAUUGGUAAUGCAGUCCUUAAGGUGUGGGAUAAACACAAGCCAUCUACAGCUGAUUAUGUAAACAUCCCUGUGGGGCAUGCAGUCUCCCCAGCACAGGUGUCAGUUACAUUGGGAUCCAUCAUUUGUUUUACCUCCCCACUCAUUACUGAGUCUGGUCUAGAAGGAACAUGGCAAUCGAAGUCAUUAUCACUUAGCAUGGAAGACAACUUGGGGAUCAGUGUUGCCAAAGCUGUGGGUCGUGCAUUGGUUACCUAUACUGUUGCACCAACCAUAUCAACUAAAACAGAAGUGAACAUUGAACCCAUAAAAUCAAUCAAAGUAGAUAAAGGACUUGGUUUUCUAAGUAACUCAGAAGUGAUCAAAUUAGAUAAAGGACUUAGUUUUCUAAGUAACUCAGAAGUGAGAGGAAAAAGUUCUUUUUUCUCUGUCACUUUCAAUAAUGGGGGAAAUAUUGUUGGUUCUAACUGUACAUCUGUUGUUUUGAAAUCCAAAUUCAACCCAUCUUAUCUUCCUUACUCUUGCCAUCUUGACCUGACCAACAAAAGCCAAGAUAUAAACAUUGCUGAUAUCUUUACAAUUAUUCCCCAUUUUGAUUAUGAAAAGGGUUUGCAUGGCUGCCUGGUAACAACAGUCCCCUCACAUCAUAGGGCAGUCCAGAUUGCACAGUUUGAGUCAGACAUCACCCUUGUUGUUCGUGUGCCUGAAACACAAGGACAACCAGAUGUUUUGUCAUCUGUUUUGUCUCUGAGCUUUAUCCCAGCUUUUCAUGUACACAACCAUGAACUACAUCUCUCCACUACAUCGCCCCAGGCCUUUCUUAAGAUCACUGCAUCACCUAAAACCCUCCCUGAUUUGGAGAUUUCUGUAAAUGAUGCCACCCUAUUGCAAGCUAAGAGUAAAGAACCGAUUUCCAACAACGUUGUACAGUUUCCAGUGAUGUUGAUAGAAUCAGUUAUUUUGUGGAAUAAAGAGGAGUUUGACUUGUGGGUUGAGAUAACUAAUAAGCACAUUGGCCAUACAGUUAGAAUCCCUAUCUACGUCAAGCUUAUUGGACAGAAACCAGAAAUGGCAGGUUUUUAUCAUUACCACCAUGAACUGAGUUGGUCCAACCUUUUGAAAUCCACCUUCAGCAAUUACCAAUCAUGGUUUAUUAUCUGCGUAAUUGUUCUGUUGAUUGCUGGUGCUGUGCUAGUGGGAUACAAUGCUUUAGUGAGUCAUCGUUACAAAACAUCUGAUAAAUCAAAUGUUUUUAUGACUAAAGGAGGAAUGAGUCCCACGCCUUCCUCUUCUUUCAUCCAGCAAUCAACACCAUUAGGCUCUGCAUCUUACACUGGUAGAUCAUCGCCUACUUCACCAAAGUUAUGGUCUGUUUCAUAUAAUCAGCAGGAUUCAAGAACUUCACCUUACAAAAGAAACCCUUACCCAUUCUCUCUUUCUCCCAAGUCAUGAUAAUUGUAAGAACUCUGGUGUGAUUGGAUUGAAUGUUGAGAGAAAAAUGUGUAUUUCAAAUGGACUGAUGCUGUGUUGUAUGAAUGAAUAUUGGAUUCUUUUCAUCUCUUUAUAUGGAAAUGAACAUUUCUUGCAUUGUUGUGGUGCUACAUUACAAAAAAAGUGUUAAUGCAGGGAAGUUUAGAAUGUCUAAAUUGAAUAAGUGCCUGGUUUUAGUUUUGUAUUUGUAGUAAAAAGUACUUCAUGAUAGUAGCGAAAGGAUUUUACUGUUUUUUAAAUUUUGUAAAUAUCAUGUUUAUCUGCUUAUGAAUUAGUUUCACCCAGUUGUGUUUUAUUAAAGGUCAAUUUUAA